AUGGAUGAUGACCGACUCCCUGCGCUUCUAUCCGCUCUCCCUCCCUCCUCCAACUACUUCUCCCUCGAAUUCUUCCCGCCGAAAACAUCCUCAGGCUUCUCCAAUCUACAGGCUCGCCUGGUGCGCAUGACUGCUGCUCUUCGGCCGCUGUUUGUGACUGUGACAUGGGGCGCGGGAGGGUCAACCGCGACGAAGUCUCUGGAGCUCGCCGAGGUAUGCCAGAGGCAGCUGGGAGUUCCGACGGUCUUACAUUUGACAUGCACGAACAUGAGCAGGACAGCUGUGGACGAUGCUUUGGAGGGCGCGAAAGAAGUUGGCAUCCGUAAUAUUCUCGCUUUACGAGGCGAUCCGCCCCGAGAGGAGUAUAGAGAUACCGAUGAGAAUGGCAGUGGGGGAUCAGGCACUGACAGCAAUGUGGACUUUACCUGGGCUGUUGAUCUGGUGCGGCACAUUCGUCGGAAAUAUGGUGACUAUUUCUCCAUAGGUGUCGCCGGCUAUCCCGAAGGGCAUGCUGAUGAGAGUAAUCCCGAGGCUGGCAAGCAGAAUGUCGAACACGAUUUGCCCUAUCUUGAGGAGAAGGUUGCGGCGGGUGCCAAUUUUAUAAUGACACAACUCACCUACGAUGUCAAUGCUUAUCGAUCGUACGAGAAGAGGCUUCGUGGAUACAUCGCCAAGGACGGAAGAAAAUUGUUUGAAAACAUACCUAUCAUACCGGGCCUGAUGCCGAUUCAAAGUUACCAGAUUAUAAAGCGAAUCACGAAACUCAGUCACGCGACGAUACCAGAAGACAUCUCCAAGCGCAUCGAGGCUGUGAAAUCCGACGACGAAGCCGUCAAGAAGGUCGGAGUGGACGUUCUCAGUGAAAUCGUCGAACAGAUCAAAGACUCUCCGCAGCCUAAAGCGGUCCCGCGUGGUUUCCAUUUCUACACGCUGAAUCUUGAGAAGUCAGUCGCAUUUAUACUGGAGCGUACCGAAUUGAUUCCCACAAUGUCAGAGCCAAGCCCUGGCGAGUCUUCUGACUCGGAUGCGAUCGCGGAUGAUGAGAAGCUGAACGCUUAUGCGAGCUCUCGGCUGGCAGGCCAACCUGCGGGAGAGGCACGCUUCUCUAGGCGGAGAGCUAGCUCUAUGAACGCACAACCGCAUAAUCGAGUCAUUACCGACCACCAGACGGUAGUCCCUGUACAACGUACCACACUCGCCCCUAACUCUCAAGAUUCAAGGCCGUUACUUGCACAGCACGAAGCAGCUGGUCGAGGAGCAGGCAUUCCUGCCGGAGAUCCGACCAGGAAACACAGCCUAUUAAUAUCGGAAGGACAGGGUUCGCUAGGGCGUGAAGCUACAUGGGAUGAUUUCCCGAAUGGCAGAUGGGGUCCUUCUCACUCUCCCGCAUUUGGUGAGAUAGAUGGGUACGGACCCUCGCUGAAAGUCGGACCUGUCACUGCACGAAAGCUUUGGGGUCGCCCGAAAUCAUCGAAGGACGUGACUGAUCUAUUCCGCCGAGUGGUCCUCGGUCAGCUUGAAGCCGUUCCUUGGAGCGACGAUAUCGAUCCAGAUUCAGCUGGGACCGGCGGCGGAGCACUACGAGCAGAAACCAAAAUCAUCCAAAGCAAUCUUCUCGAUCUGAUAGAGAAGAAGGGAUAUUGGACCCUUGCCAGUCAGCCCGCAGUGGAUGGAGCAAAGAGUGAAGAUGCGACAUUCGGAUGGGGCCCUCCCGGCGAAGGUUUUGUGUUUCAAAAAGCAUUCGUCGAAUUCUUCUGCCCGAAGAGCGAAUGGGAAACGCACCUCCGUCCAUCCCUGAUCAGCCACGGCGAGGAGAAGGUCGGCUGGAUGAAGACCGACGCACAGGGCGUCUUCGAAUCGAGCGAACAGGUGGCACGAAAGCAGCAAGAGGUGGACAGGCCGGCUCCAGCGUCUAAACGCACCCCCGGUGUUCAUGGGGUCAGUGCCGUGACCUGGGGCGUGUUCCGCGGCAAGGAAAUCAUCUCGCCGACUAUCAUCGAGAGCGAGAGUUUCAAGGCUUGGGGUGAAGAGGCGUACAGUAUCUGGAGCGAGUGGCGGCGCUGUUUUCCUAGGGGAAGUGAUGAAGAGAAGUUGCUUGAAGGUCUGAGGCGCGGUUUCGUGCUGGUCAAUGUCGUGGGUCAGAACUAUAUUGGUGGGCAUACAGGCCUGGGUGCUGAGUUGUGGAAUAUUCUGCUGGGGGAGUCGGGUUCUGGGUGA